UGGCCGGCGCGGGUCUCUUUGGAAGUCCACGUGGGGGGGAGGAGAAGAGUGUUGUUUUCGAAGAGAAGAGAUGUCAUUUAGAGGAAGAGGCGGUGGUAAUCGGGGUGGAGGCUUCAAUCGAGGAGGUGGCUUCAACAGAGGGGGACGUGGUGGUGGAAGAGGUGGAUUUGGCCGAGGAGGAGGUGGCCGAGGAGGCUUCAACAGAUAUGAUCAAGGACCCCCAGAAAGCGUUGUCAUCCUGGGAGAGUUUAUGCACCCGUGUGAAGAUGACAUUGUUUGUAAAUGUACAACUCAGGAAAACAAAGUACCUUAUUUCAAUGCACCAGUCUACUUAGAAAAUAAAGAGCAGAUUGGGAAAGUGGAUGAAAUAUUUGGGCAGCUCAGAGACUUUUAUUUUUCAGUCAAGUUGUCAGAAAAUAUGAAAGCAUCUUCCUUCAAAAAGCUACAAAAGUUCUUUAUCGAUCCAGCAAAAUUGCUCCCACUGCAAAGGUUUUUGCCAAGGCCUCCUGGUGAGAAAGGACCUCCAAGAGGAAGAGGAAGAGGAGGGCGUGGAGGAGGGAGAGGUGGCUUCAGAGGUGGAGGUGGCAGAGGUGGAGGUGGUUUCCGAGGCGGCAGAGGUGGCGGUGGUGACUUCAGAGGUGGCAGAGGUGGCGGUGGUGGGUUCAGAGGCGGACGAGGUGGAGGUGGUGGCCGUGGAUUUAGAGGUAGAGGACGUUAAAUGACAAUCUGGAAAACUCUACACAUCUGGCCUCAUCUACAGGAUGCCUUGAGAUGAUUUCUUGUAAAUCUGAAUGCUGUAAGACACGGGUUUUGCAGCAUGCCAGUUGACUAAAGGAAUAAAGUGCUGUCUUACCUCUGGCUCAUGGAUGACUAUUAAGAGAGGACAGUUUUUGAAGUACUGUAAAGAUCUUACAAUUCUGACCUUGAAAUAUAUUUGGACUUCUUAUUUUUAUCAGAUGUGAAAUGGAAUGUUAUUUUUUAAAAAUGAAAAAUGUUUUUAUUGAAAACUUCAGAAGAGGGAAACGACAUGAAAUAGCUUGCAGGUUUGAAAUACCAUGGACCAAUGCUUUGUAUUUCCCUCCCCCUUUCCCCAAAACUCAGUGUCUCUUUUUUUUUGGUCAGUCUUAAAGUAUUUGUCAAGACAACUUGAAUGCUAUUUCACAAUUAUAUUUAUAACAUUCCUAAAUGUCAUUUUUGAAGUUUCUUUUAUACUAGGGUUGAACUCAAAUUACAUUUCUUGGGAAGUUAUGUAUGUUUUUCCCAUGUCUAAUUUUCUAGGCUCAUAUGGUGAUGACUCAUAUACAAUCAAUGUGCAGUUAAGUGGUGUUUUAAUCCUGCACCAAUGCUGUAAGAGAGUGUGGGCUAAGAAAUCAUGCUGUGCUUAUGGGUUCCCAGUAAGCAUUACAGGCAGUGCAAAAUUUUUACUUGUGCUCAAGCUCUUGCAUAAGUGGAAACACAAGAAAAAGACCACAUAGUUGCUUGCGCUGAGUCCAACAUAUUUUAUCUCCAUUUGUAUUUCCACUUUUGCAAGUGCAAUCAGU